CUGGCCCGGGCCCCGUCCUCCCGGUGCUGCUCCUUUCCAGGCCGCCCCGCGGAGUCUGGGAGGCUGAGGCCGUCGCGUCUCCGUUUCUGCGGGUCUCUGUGCGGGUCUGGUGUUCCCUGUGGGUCACUGGCGCUGUCUGUGUGGGUCCCUGUUUCUAAAACCAGUCCCCAUCGCUCCGCGCGUCUCUGCCUCUGUGUGUAUCUCUCUCCCUUUCCCUUUGUGAGUGUCUGUUCUCUUUGCCAGUCUCCCUCAUGUGUUUCCUUGUGUUUCUCCACUGGCUUCUAUCUUCACGCAGGUUUGACUGCGCUGACUUCUCGCGGUGGGUCUCUAUCUUUCCGUCUGUCCCUGCUCUCUGAGGCUCCUUCCGUUUCUGUUUUCUACCUCCCCCGUCAAAUCCUUGUAGCCUCAGACACUGACCUCCCUCCCUCGUGCUUCCCCAUCCUUCGCAGACCACCCGGAAGAACCCACCAGACAGAUGCUCUGUAUGCUCUGGCUGGCUGGCCACUGCCUGGCACGUACUGGGCACUCCUCAUACAUGCACUAAGUCAUUUCCUGUGCAGCUGUCCUUGUCCUACGUGUAAGAUGUGAGCUAUGCCCAGCCCUUAGCUAAACAUAUUUCCCAUUAAAACAGAAGGGGAUCUAGAUUUGGGAGGAACACCAACACUCUAGGCUUGAGAUGUGCCCCCAAAAGCCUUCUGACCUGGCACACAUGAUGGUGGAUGUCCACCCAGUGAAUGGUGCCUCACUUCCAUUAUAUGUCUUUAAGUUUGCCAGGUGCCAUAAGAUUCUGGAAUUUAGUGGACACAACUCUUCUGGGGACUUUUCAGGCUUGAUGUUGAAAUGAGAAGACAGGGUUAUAAUAGAAAGCAUGGACCAUGGAGUCAGGCGCACCGAGCAGGAAUCCUCUUUAAUAAUGUGACCAGAAACAGAUCACUUAGUCUUUCUGACCUCAGCCUUUCCAUCUGUGAAACAGUGAUCAUAAUACCUACUUUGCAGGGUUGUAUGAGGAUUGAGGGAGUGCGUUGUAUGUAAAACCCUUGGCACUGUGCCUGGUGCAGAGGAGGUGCCAGUUAUCUUAUAGUUACUUUUUCAGCUUUGAGGUGCUAUAACCAGAGCAGCUGAGUUUUCAAACCUCGUAUUGCUAAGGUUUAUAUGAAAGAAGAAAGGAAAGGUAAUAGACGUGCAUUUCUAUUUCCUGAUUGCUUUCCAUGACUGUGUUCCCAGAAAAAUUUACUGGUGUGCUUUUGACACAGGGUGCAAAGACCCAAGCGACAGAUGCAGGCUAGUGUAGCAGUGAAGUGCUGGCUCUGGAUCCAGCCUGCCUGCCUUUGAAUCCACCUGUUACCAGCCUUGGUUAAUAACUGGUGAAGGAGACAAAGUCUCAUCUGGGCUACCCCUCAGAGCCAGGCUGGCCAGGGCCUGGGAGCCACCAGAUUGCAGAUCUGGCGUUUGCCACCAGGUGGCACCAGUGUCCUCAGUGUCCACUGUCCUGAGGAAUUGGGACUCUGGGCCCAGUUCAGUUGCUCAAUGGUUUGUGCCCUUAGAACACAGGACAAGAGUGCUCGUGGGGCCAUGAUCCUGGUAGGAAGGGGAAACAGGCUGAAGGAAAUAGCAUGCGGAAGUGUGUGGAAUGCCAGUCCAUGCCAUAGCCCUGGAUAACAGCCACUGCUUCUUUUCCCAAAGACAGGAUGUUACGCUUUAUCCAUCUCCCCAGUCUCUACCCCAUCCCCAGAAAGAGCCCAGAGGGCGAGGGAGAAUCUGUAGAGGUUUCAGUCUUCCUAGGCCACUUGCAGGACUGGGCUCCACUCCUCCCCAGCAGAAACCACGACCACAGCACAAUGCGGGGUAAGUCAGAAGCCCUGUGAGGGUGUCCUGCUGUGCCACCUCUCAGCUGCGUGUGGGACCUGGGCCUGGCUUCAGGGCUGCUGGCUUCCAGAUUGGCAACUGUGCCUCUAGAGAAAGGUCCAGGUUGCUCCCCGGCGGCCUCCCCCGGAAAUGCUCCGUCUUCCAUCUCUUCGUUGCCUGUCUCUUAUUGGGCUUCUUCUCCCUACUCUGGCUGCAGCUCAGCUGCUCUGGUGACGUGGCCCAGGCAGCCAGGGGACAAGGGCAGGAGACCUCGGGGCCACCCCGGGCCUGCCCCCCAGAGCCACCCCCUGAGCACUGGGAAGAAGACGCAUCGUGGGGUCCCCACCGCCUGGCAGUGCUGGUGCCCUUCCGUGAGCGCUUCGAGGAGCUUCUGGUCUUUGUGCCCCACAUGCACCACUUCCUGAGCAGGAAGAGGAUCCAGCACCGCAUCUACGUGCUCAACCAGGUGGAUCAUUUCAGGUUCAACCGGGCGGCACUCAUCAACGUGGGCUUCCUGGAGAGCGGCAACAGCACAGACUACAUUGCCAUGCACGACGUGGACCUGCUCCCUCUCAACGAGGAGCUGGACUAUGGCUUCCCUGAGGCCGGGCCCUUCCACGUGGCCUCCCCGGAGCUCCACCCGCUCUACCACUACAAGACCUACGUCGGUGGCAUCCUGUUGCUCUCCAAGCAGCACUACCAGCUGUGCAACGGGAUGUCCAACCGCUUCUGGGGCUGGGGCCGCGAGGAUGAUGAGUUCUACCGGCGCAUUAAAGGAGCCGGGCUCCAGCUUUUCCGCCCCUCGGGAAUUACAACUGGCUACAAGACAUUUCGCCACCUGCAUGACCCAGCCUGGCGGAAGAGGGACCAGAAGCGCAUCGCAGCUCAAAAACAGGAGCAAUUCAAGGUGGACCGGGAGGGCGGCCUGAGCACUGUGAAGUACCGUGUGGAUUCCCGCACCGCGCUGUCUGUGGGCGGGGCCCCCUGCACUGUCCUCAACAUCAUGCUGGACUGUGACAAGGCCGCCACCCCCUGGUGCACACUCGGCUGAGUUGGCUAGACAGUGAGGAAGCCUGUGCCUACAGGCCGCCCUGCUGCUCAUGCUCAGGACAAGGCCUCCUGCCCAGCUCCGCAGGACAUGGAGCAGCCGGGAGCGAGACGGCAAGCUACGCCUGUGCGGCAGCCCAGCCCCAGAGGCGGCUCGAGCUGGGACAGGACACGUGGGCUGCCUGGGACGCUGCUAGCAACGAACAGAGGCCUGAUCGCAGAGGCUGGGGUGUGGCUCCCAACUGGGCCUCGCCGUCUUCCUUCCCACUUGCCCUACUCUGCCCUACGAAGACCUGCAGGCAGUGGGGCGGGUGGAGCAGGCCCACCCCUCACCACCCUCCCUUUUGUUCCUUCCCACUGGACCGCCUCCCGCGGAGAUGCAGUUGAGGAGCCGUGCAGCGGAUGUAGGUGGCAGUUGUGACUGGGAGGGUUAGAACUCCAAAAACCAGAGCACAAAUCCCACAGAAAGAACAGCCAGUCCCAGCUCUAGCUGGUUGUCAUCAUGCAGGGAUGUGGGUCUGGUGUCGCCAGAUCUUCCGAUUUCUCAAGAGAAACUAGGAUACUGGAUUCUUAAGUGAAAUCUUCUGGUUUUUAAAUGAUAGCGACUCAGUGAAACUUUCAAAAAGUAUGGCAG